CCAGCAAUAAUGAUUCUUGGGAUAGCCAAAAAAGUUGGUUCUUUAUGCAAUCAAAAUUCAAUCUUUGCACGACUAAAAACAAAAAACAAACUCAUUUGGACAAGGAGGAUGCUAAUCCAGUGUACUUUUUCCGCUCCUUUGCAGCACUGUGAAAGCUCGGCCAUUUUUGUCCAAAAUUUGAAGCCCAGAAACAAAAAUCAGUGCCCCAUUUCAUGUUCUUUUUCCCUUUUUCAGAGUAACAAUCUGAAAUGUCUAAGUUCGCAAAAGCCCACAAAGCGGAUACUAAGAGUCCCCAAAUUUUCCAUUCAGGUACUUGAAAAGGAAAACCGGAGUUAUUCAUCCUUGACCGUGACAAAAGAUGAAGAAUCCUUGUGGAAUUUAUCAGUCGGUGGGGAUUUGAAAAAAGUCAAAGGAUCUCAUAUUUUUGUCUAUUAUACCGUUUUGUGUUCUUCGCUUUCGUGGUGGACACCUGUUCAAGUGGCGCUGGCAAGUGAAGAUGUUAAAACGAACGUGAUAUAUGAGGUAGCCGAAUUGUUUGAAUUGGGGAUUCAGCUUUCGUACCUACUUUUACUUCUGGCUUUGCUUGGUGUUGGGACCUUCUUCGUUAUUCGUCAAGUCCUAGUCCGGAGAGAGCUCGAUCUUUCGGCAAAAGAAUUACAAGAGCAAGUAAGAAGUGGGGAUGCUAGUGCAACAGAACUAUUCGAACUUGGAGCUGUCAUGUUGAGAAGAAAGUUUUAUCCUGCUGCCACCAAAUAUCUUCUUCAAGCCAUCGAUAAAUGGGAUGGGGAUGAUCAAGAUCUUGCUCAAGUUUACAAUGCACUCGGUGUAAGUUACAUUCGUGAUGGAAAAGUCGAAAAGGGCAUAGCCCAGCUGGAAAAUGCCGUCAAACUUCAACCGGGCUACGUGACAGCCUGGAACAAUCUAGGGGAUGCAUAUGAGAAAACCAAAGACCUAAAAUCUGCUCUGAGGGCAUUUGAGGAAGUUCUGCUUUUCGAUCCUAACAACAAGUUAGCUCGUCCGAGAAGGGAUGCUCUCAAGGACCAAGUGGAAAUGUACAAAGGAGUCCCCAUCAAAUCGAGAAAGAAAUAGAAGACCCGGACUUUGGGUUUCGGCUUAUCAGAAUUUUUUUCUUGAUUUGUAAUUUCUAGCCACUCGGAGUCGGGUACAUUUUUCCAGUUUUGGCCAUGCAGCAUUUGGCAGAAGAAAUGAACAUUCUGUGAAGGAGGAUAAUUAAAAUUGUUAUUAGUUUAUUGGUUCUUGUAUAUUUUGAAGCCUUUUGUUAAUUGUUAUGCCAUCCCUAGUUGCACCUCAGAAUAUAUUUA